AUGGUCAAUAAUUUGGACUCGAGCUUGGUAAAGAGCUUUUCCAAUGGUCACAAUUCUCAAUGCCUAACGCUUGCCAAGCCCAAAACUCCACUAUCGUCUUUACCUGAUCAUCCCGCCCCUUUCACCGGUGCUGACGCAUCGUUCAAAUUGCCACAUCCUGUAGUCAUGGAUAAUCCGGUGGAGGCACGUUCACAGCAUAUGUUUGAAAUCAGGCGACAAUAUAUCAUGACAGUAACUCUACACAGAGACAGUGUCGCCCUUAAGCACAUGGAGCUAUUGGAACAGUUGAAAUUUGAAGAUACGAAUGACGAUGAAGCUGAACUGGUCUCAAGCCGAGUUGCGAACCUUCCUUGGAGUAGUUCACGCAUUUCCAAACUUUCCAGCAAUUUAAAAGAAGCACAAGAGUUAUUACAAACGACGUUAUAG